AUGAUCCCUGCCAACGCCUCCGCCAGGAAGGGGCCCGAGGGCAAGUACCCGCUGCACUACCUCGUGUGGCACAAUCGCCACCGUGAGCUGGAGAAAGAGGUCCGCGCCGGCCAGGUGGACAUUGAGCAGCUGGAUCCUCGUGGUCGGACUCCCCUGCACCUGGCUACCACUCUGGGGCACCUCGAGUGUGCUCGUGUGCUCCUAGCACACGGCGCAGACGUGGGCAGGGAGAAUCGCAGUGGCUGGACAGUGCUUCAGGAGGCUGUGAGUACCCGGGACCUGGAGCUGGUGCAGCUGGUGCUACGGUACCGGGACUACCAGCGGGUGGUGAAGCGGCUGGCAGGCAUCCCGGUGCUACUGGAGAAGCUGCGCAAGGCUCAGGAUUUCUACGUGGAGAUGAAAUGGGAGUUCACUAGCUGGGUGCCCCUAGUGUCCAAGAUCUGCCCUAGUGACACAUACAAAGUGUGGAAGAGCGGGCAGAAUCUGAGGGUAGACACCACGCUCCUGGGCUUUGAUCACAUGACCUGGCAGCGAGGGAACCGCAGCUUCGUGUUCAGGGGCCAAGACACGAGUGCUGUGGUCAUGGAAAUUGACCAUGACCGCAGAGUGGUGUACACAGAGACUCUGGCGCUGGCGGGGCAGGACCGUGAGCUGCUGUUGGCGGCUGCCCAGCCCACUGAGGAGCAGGUGCUGAGCAGGCUCACUGCACCUGUUGUCACCACGCAGCUCGACACCAAGAACAUCUCCUUUGAGAGGAACAAGACUGGUAUCCUGGGCUGGCGCAGUGAGAAGACUGAGAUGGUGAACGGAUAUGAAGCUAAGGUAUAUGGGGCAUCCAAUGUGGAGCUCAUCACCCGGACACGGACAGAGCAUCUUUCAGAACAGCACAAGGGCAAGGUCAAAGGCUGUAAGACGCCUCUGCAGUCAUUCCUAGGAAUUGCUGAGCAGCAUGGGGGCCCCCAAAAUGGGACCCUGAUCACACAGACUCUGAGCCAAGCCAACCCCACUGCCAUCACUGCAGAAGAAUACUUCAACCCCAACUUUGAGCUUGGCAACCGUGAUAUGGGCCGCCCCAUGGAACUGACCACCAAGACACAGAAGUUCAAGGCCAAGCUGUGGCUGUGUGAGGAGCAUCCCCUGUCCCUGUGUGAGCAGGUGGCCCCCAUCAUUGACCUCAUGGCCAUCAGCAAUGCGCUCUUUGCCAAGCUCCGGGACUUCAUCACCCUGCGCUUGCCUCCUGGUUUCCCAGUUAAGAUUGAAAUCCCGAUCUUCCACAUCCUUAAUGCUCGUAUCACUUUUGGGAAUCUCAAUGGCUGUGACGAGCCGGUGCCAUCUGUGCGAGGCAGCCCCAGCAGCGAGACCCCUUCCCCAGGCAGCGACUCCUCCAGCGUCAGCAGCUCCAGUUCCACGACCUCAUGCCGUGGCUGUGAGAUCUCCCCAGCGUUGUUUGAGGCCCCCCGCGGCUACAGCGUGCUGGGCGGCCAGCGGGAGGCGGCUACCCGUGAUGACGACGACGACCUGCUGCAGUUCGCCAUCCAACAGAGUCUGCUGGAGGCGGGCAGUGAGUAUGACCAGGUCACCAUUUGGGAGGCGCUAACUAACAGCAAGCCAGGCACCCACCCCAUGUCUUACGAGGGUCGCCGACAAGACAGGAGCGCCCCGCCCACGCCACAGCGCCACCCUGUGCCCCCAUUGUCGGUGCCCAGCCCUCGGCCCAGCCCGGGCCCAGGUCCCGGCGGCCGCGUGUUUCGGAGCUACGAUGAGCAGCUGCGGCUAGCUAUGGAGCUGUCCGCGCAGGAGCAGGAGGAGCGGCGGCGGCGUGCGCGCCAGGAGGAGGAGGAGCUUGAGCGCAUCCUGAGGCUCUCCCUGACCGAGCAGUAGCGCCCCCUGCCGGGCCCUUCGCUCACGUCACGCGAGACACUCGCCGACCAAGCUGUGGCGGGAGACUGGAGCCACUGCCCGGGGGUCUAGCCGCGCACCAGGCACUAGAUGGGGAGAGGUUCGGCACCGGAGCGGGGUACCUUUCCAGGCCAGGGCCCUGGAGGCAGCUGGCAUGGCCUGGUCCCCCUGCUUUGCUGUAUCCUAACCCCCAACCUGCUCCCCUGGGUUCGGAGCUCUCCAAAGGUGGAGCCAGGUGGUCCUGAGGGGGGAGAUGAAUCUUUGGAGGAGCAUCGUCCCCAUCCCUUGCUCCUUCUGGCCGGUCCUCCUUUCUGUUCACUGACCCCACUCAAGGAUACUGCCCCUAAAGACUCUGCAUCUCCGCUCUUCACCCCUGGGGGGCAGCUGAGCACCCUGCGUGCUGUGUCGCUGCUCUGUCCCGGACACAAACCAGCACGUCAAGGGCCCGGCCCCUCCCCCACCCCGGCAUUUCAGCGUCAAGUGCACUUAGCGGGGUGCCCGGCUCCCCCAGCCCCAACACUCCUCCUGGGUCUCAGGGUGGCCCCAGCUUCUCCUUGGGCUGCCAGAAGUUGGAGUCCCAUCUCCAAGGCACUGUUUUUUGUUUGUGUGUGUGUGUGUGUGUGUGUGUGAUCAGGGAGUGUGUCCAAGGUGGCCCCUUGGCCUGGACAAGACCUGACUCCCUUAUGGUGCCUUGGAGAGUGGGGGCAUAUUGGGCUGUGGUAAACACUAUAUCUGAUACUAGACUGGAUACAAAAAGGUCGUCCAGGGCCCUGGCACCACCACCCACCCCUUCCCACCAGCUGCUGCUAGCCCUCUGUGGUUGUGCAUCCCACUUGCCCCCACACAGGGGCUGACUCUUAAACCCUCAACCAAUGGUGCUAACCCCCGGCUCUCCCCUGCCCCACCUCACCCUCCCAGAGAAGCACAGACCCCGCCCGCCAGGGGCAGGGGCACACCGCACACCCUUGUCCUGGGCCUGUCUGGGACUGGCCUUCUCUCUCAGCCAGUGAGGCUCAGAAGGGACACCAAAAGGGAAGGAAGAAAAGAAAACAGAGAAUUGUUCCUCCUACCCCUUUUCCUGAUGCCAGGGGCACCAGACUGAUUCUGAGGCACAAAUAAAAGAGGCUUCAAAC